AUGCCAAACCUCAUAUAUCCUCAGGUUGAUAACUCAACUCAAGAUAGCAUGGCUUUCGCUAAUUUGACAAAGUUAGACAUUUGUCGUUUUCAAAUGCCACAUCAUGCUCAUUAUCAACUUGUAGCUGAAAGCACAGUUAAACGGGAAAACAAUUUUCCUUUCAACGCUGCAGCUCGGCCACCAAAAAUUGAACUGGGCAUGAAAAGUGAUGGUUCCAACAUAUUUUCAGGGAAUAACACAACACAGAAGGACGGAAGUAUGAAUGAGAGCUCAGAUUUGCUUGCUUUUCUUCGUUUACAUCAUGCUAAAGAGUUGAAUGAAGGUGUGCAGGUAAAUGAUUCCUCCAGAUCAUUGACAAAAUUGAAUACGCCAUAUUCUGAAGAUAAUGAAAUAGAGCAAAUUGUGGUUUAUCCUAAUGGGUAUGAAGAGAGCUUAGAUCCUCCACCUGAACCUAAGCCUUCUUAUAAGAAAGGAAACAAAGGGGAUGUCAUAUCAGGUCCUUGUUGUGUUUGUGAAGCUGAAAAAGCUGGAUUCCAUUUUGGGGCGAUAGCAUGUGCAGCUUGUUCUGCCUUUUUUCGACGAACCAUUUCCGAAAAAAGGAAAUAUACCUGUAAGAAAGAAGGCCCUGAUCAUAUGAACUGUCCGAUUGAUAAACAUCACCGAUGCUACUGUCGUGCAUGUCGUCUCCAGAAGUGUUUAGAUCAGGGAAUGGAUCCAAUGGCAGUCCAACCCCAUCGUGAUUCCAUUGGAGCAAAACAAAACAGCACCCCAGGAAUUAAGCGAUCACUUGAGUCCCCUACUUCUUUAUCGGAAAGAAGAAGAAAACGAUCUUCUCCUGAAUCCACUCCUAAACUCGUUUCUCUUGAUGAACCCAUUAAUAGAAUACCGCUUACUCCUUCGGAUAAACCGCAGAUAUCUCCACAACUUUCAAUGUUCAAUCAGCAUGUACGGACGGAUGGUCUGAUUAUGCCAAAGUUGGAGAUCGACGGUGAAUUUGAGUUUGGAGUUCGACCAGGGUCAUCGGCAUCUCGUCCUGAGUUAACACUUGAAGAUUCGAUAAGUUCUACCCAGUCACAUACUUCAUCUGAAGGCAACUUUCCACCAUAUGAUCCUCAUCAAAAUAUGAUAGAAUGUAUGGUGAUUGAAUAUAGGAAGUUGCAAGAAAGAAGGAGGUUAAUUUAUUGUCCGAGUACAAUUCGAGAUAUUCUAUCUGGAACGCCUGCGGUUCCGAGGCCAACAAAGUUUUUCGAGAGACAUAGAAUGGAAAAGAAUAGGUUGAGGAUUGAAAUAAGUAUGUAUGUUGAGUUUCUGAACUCUAUCCACCCUUUCCCCAAGCUCUCCUUAGAUGAUAAGAUUGCCUUGCUCAAACAUCUAUCUAUAUCGUUUGCUAUUUUAGAAAAAUUUUAUAACACUAUGAAAGCAGGCGGUCUCCAGUCCAAUAGAAUAAUUCAUGCCGAUGGCUCAUUUUAUGAUCUUGAAGCCCCUGAGUCUGUAGAAAUCACUUUGAAUGGAGAACCGCUUGAUAAAGAAACUUUUUUGAAACUGUUCGUUGUGCCCCUUAAAGAAUCUCUACAUGAACUCUCUGGUGCUAUGUACCAUAACGGAACAACAGAUAUUGAAUUCUGUGCUUUAGUUGCAAUUUUACUAUUCGAUCCUUCUGCUCCUGGGUUGGAUGAAGGGACUCGUAGGAUCGUAAAAGAUGCUAGAGACAGAGUGUAUUCGGAUUGGUUCGCUUUUUAUCGUGCUCAUAACAUCCAAGAUGGAAGUGAACGUAUGGGAAACACAAUGUUAUUGUUGCCUGCUGUUUUGACUAUUGUGGAAAAAACAGCAGAGAAUUUCCAUCUCAUCCGAGUGUUUGAAUUGUUUGAUUAUGAUAAGUUUUUAGAUGAAGUGUUCAAUAGCGGCGUUUGUAGAGAUUGA